CGGACUGCCACUUUGGUGCGAGCCCAGCUGUCUAAUACGUCUGUCGUUAUUCACGGAAUUAUUCUCACGCGCAUUUCUAAGAUUGAAUAUAUCGAGGGAAAAACGCGAUUUUUUCCCCUCCAUAUCCGAUGAAGUGAUUCUCCGAAAUUCGGUCGGACCAUUCCGUCCUCAAAAAAGGAAAUUGUGAAAAAACAUGAGGCGAAGGGGAAUUCUACACCGUCUGAUCAUAGCACUGACUCUUGCUACGUUUGUCGUUGCAUCUGUUGCUGGUGUUGAAGAGAACAACAGUAGAGAAGCGUCUGCGGAGUCAGAAGGUGGAGUCUCGGAUGUGACGACGGAGGCGGCUGGUGAUGCUGAGUACGAGGAUGAGGAGGAUGAGACUGAGGAGGACGUGGAUGAGUAUGAGGAGGAGUUACGUGAGGUUGCCGAGUCGCACGAGGCAAUGUCCAGGGACGAGCGUAGCAAUUCAACGUCUGGAGUGAAUCAUUCGGAGGGCAGUGCCGUUGGUGAUGAGACAAGGGGCACCAGGAAUUUUGAUUCACGAGAGAAGAGCGCGGAGGAGGAGGAUGGAGAGGAGGGCUCUGACGAGAGUAUGACGUCAAACGAGGCUAUAAGCGAUGAAACUGAGGAGGAGAGGGAAAAAGGAAUUGAGUACAAAAGAACUGCCGAUGGAAAGUCAAAGCGUGUUCCAACGGUGAAGAAAGAGCUGAGCAGUCAAAAGGAGCUGAUCAUCAACGAGACGACUGGUGAGUCACCGGAAAUUGUUGGGAGAUUGGCAGAGAGAAGUGCGGGAUAUUCUCCAGGGAGAACACGGGAGAUGAUUGACAACGAUUUGGGGGAGGAGUGGGUGCAGGCUGAGAGCUUGAUGAAGCUACUGGUGAGGCUUGCUAAGAAUCCAGAACGGUGGGAACGAGCACACCGACUACUGACUAUGAAAGAUUCGGACGACGACCUAGAGCUGUCCUCCCUGGACUCUCGGAAGCGAGGCUACCCAGCGGACUUUCCCCUCUUCACAACCCUCUCGCCGCAUCCUACCAACCAGAAGCCCCCACCGAAGAAGCCCAAAAAGAAGAAAAAAAAGAAGAAGAAGCCACGCCACCCGCAAACUACCUCUCCCCCGCCCCCAAUCCUGACCACCCAGACAACUCCACCGAAACCGGAAACCCACUGGAGACUAGUAGCUGAGCGUCUGUUCGGUCCCGGUUGGUCAGCCAAUCGCAAGGAACCCACAAAUAUCUCCAAACUCCACUACCCGAAAUCCCCAAAAUUACCUGAUCAUCACGACAAGUAUUCGAGUGAUGAAACACGUAUGGAUUAUACCCGAAAGUUUCACUUUGGUAAAGUAAACACCCACGAGAAGGGCUCACCCUUGAAUCAACAUGACUCGGCAUCCAAUUACGAUAUGCCAACCAACACGGGCUCUCACGUGCUUGAUUACGAUCUUCCGGAGCGUAGUUAUCAAAGGCCAAGGGUCACAGACAGGUACGAUCGAUAUCACCAUUACAUGAACAGAAUCAGGGGUUUCGGUGAUGACAGUGUGGAGGAUUACGAAGAUACAUAUCCGGACGUUGACUACCCACGUCAUCAAGGCCUGUUUGGUAAAUCAUGGCGAUACUCUGGGUACGAGCCGUCUAGAUCGAUGGAGGGUUAUUACGACGAUAGUAGACAGAAUUUUGGCAGGUAUCGAUCCAAACCGUGGACAGUACUGCGUCCAGUUAUUGAAGUGGAUGACGAGGGAAUUGGUAAUCGAAGGUUGUACAAUAAAUUUGGUAGCCAGUGGUCGUCAGACAGGAGUGUCGAUACACCCUGGGGAUUGAUUACAGAGCAACGGAGUAAAAUUUUCCGUAAUCCACCAGGUUCGUUAACACUGACGAAACAUCGUGAAAUUAAUGAGACUGCUAAGACGAGAUCCAGCAAAGAUAGUGCCCUACCUAGGAGUGGGAUGAAGCCGUGGAAGGCGUCGGAGCCAGCAAAGGACGUUAUCCUGCCGAAACUCACCAUGAAGACCUGGAACAGCUUGACUUCAGACCCGGCGACGUGGCCUUUCAAAUUAUCCGGAGCUAAGCCCUGGCCGAAGGACAAGAACGGAAAGGUUUACAACCCUAAUGCGGAACUUGUAAGAAAGCUGGGACUGGACAAGCAGAACAGAAUGCUAGAGAAGGAUGAUAAAUCCCGAAAAGGCGACAAGUCUGACAGCAACGAGAUAGGUAAAGCCACAAGUCUUCCGCAGAGGGACGCCUCGAGAACUUGGAAGAUGGGGGGAAAGACCUCCUGGGGAUCGCCGGAGGACAAGACCACCUGGGGCGACAGCUUGGAGCUUGGAAAGCUGACGGAUUGGAAUGUUGAGUUUGGAAAGCCCAGUCAGUCAUCCACUUGGACACCAAAGUGGAAGCAAUUUUCGUAUCAUAAGGUCAACGCUGGACCUGUGGCCAAGCCUGGAGCUAAUUUGGAUGGCAACAGAGCUAGAAAUGCUUUCAUAGCCAUGUCUGCUGUUACACCGUCCAGAUUUCCUGGCAACGAGUGGAGGAAGAAUGACAUUGAAGAGACUGUUGAUCACUCUGACAACAGUGUCGACAGGGAUGAUCCUGCCAGUCAGAUGCUAGCCAGACAGGACAACUCCCUGGGACAGUGGAUCAAAAGCACAAAUUUCAAGAGGCAGGAGAGACAGAAGACCAACAGAACGGAUGUACUUGAGAGUCAACUCGAGGAACUGAGACAUAACGUGAAUAGUGUAGUAUCAUCGACUCAGGCGACUAACUCUCAGUCGACAGUGUCACAAGCCACUAACAGCACCACAAGUCCCACAGAGUCAACUAGCAACAGUGUGGAACACAGCAGAGUGAAUCAAAAGUCGAAUCACACGAUAAAAUGAGUUGAUUAUUGUUUGAAACUUCCACUGAAAUCAAUCAUUCGAACAAACUGGGAUAUUUCCAUUUGUAUGUUAUCACUGACUAAAUUAUUAAUUACUCAGAAACUUUGAAUAACAUUUGUUCAUCCGUCUGGCAUUAAUUAUUUGCCCUCAAUCGUCGUGAAAUCAAUUCGUUAAUCUGUUAAAAUCCAAAUUAAUUAAUGAGACUCAAAUGGGAACACAAGUAUACUUGCAUUUACACGACCGAUGUACAUCUCUAUCGAUCCCCAAUUUUAUCACAGCGAUUAACAUUUUCUGCCGACCCCCGACCCCCCCCCUCGUUCCCCUUAUGUAUUUGUAUUCGUGGUUAAGAUAAAUAAACGUUAUGUACAUAUAUUACGUUCUCACGGUUUAAUGUGUCCAGAGAAUAUUCAGUGUUGCAUGUAAUUAAUAAUUGUUUUAAGAUAAAAGAGAAGAUAAUGAAAAACAUUAAUAAAAGGACACUGUUGUACACGCGCACUGAACAACAUGAACAGAUACGAGAGAAAUCCGAUGAAAAAACGUAACAAAAUAUGUCUAAGUUGAUUAUAAAAAUUAUUAAAAUUGAAAAACUACAUUAAUUUAUCAGGUGAGGGUCGCUACACUGUUGGAAGAAAUUCCUGAAAUUUCAGAUUUCAGUGUGAAUUGUUUGGAAUUUCAAAUUUUUACGCUACAGGAAGACGAGAAUUAGCCAGCCACCUUGAAAUUUCAAUCAAAACAUGAGUCUUCGGUGUAAAAUUAUGCUGAACUUAGGGUUAAUUGAGAAUUCAAAAACAUAUUUACGUGAAUUUUACGGAUUUCCGUUAUUUUUUAUGGAAUUAUUGAACUAAAAUUUACAACUUCCGCUAAAUUUUCCAUAAAAUUUUGUGCGUUUAAUGACGAACUUCUCUGCAAUUUCAAUGGAAUUGUAAUGUGAUAGAAAUUUCCAAAAAGUCAACCAGAAAUUUCAGGUAAAUUUUUCUGUGCAGACCGUUAGAAAAAAAUUAAAAAAUUUCAAAUUUCACUGAAAAUUCUUUGGAAUUUGUCUAUUUUCUAUUUCCCAACUAAUUUUUAAUUAAUUAACAUUAAAGAAUAUAUUCACCUGAAUUUUCCUGAUUUUCAUUAUUUUUCAUGGAAUAAUUGAACUGAAAUUUCCGGUUUCCACUAAAUUUUCCAUAAAAUUUUGAACGUUAAAUAUCGAAAUUCCUUGUGAUAUCAGUAGAAUUGUAAUGUGAUAAAAAUUUCCAAGAAAUGUAUCCGAAAUUUCAGCCAAAAAUUCUCAACAGUGUAGUUGAAUGCCUCUCACCAACUAUUUUUAAUUUUAAUAAUUUUUCAAAAAAUUCAAGAAAAGUUCAAAAGUCUUGUGAAAGUCUGUCGUCCAUUCCCCGAUCGAAAAACCCAGCUGAAUAUUGUAUAAUUAAAAACCCCUAAUGAAACAUAGAUCUCAAUUUCAUCGUGCACAUACCACGUAGGAUUAACCGAAAAAGCCCUAUCGAAGAGAAAAAAAAAAACAAAAAAUGAUUUGAGAAAA